AUGGACCUGUCCUCGGUGGUCUCCCGUCUGGACGCGCUGGCGCCCCCGGCCCUGGCGGAGAGCUGGGAUAACGUUGGCCUCUUGGUGGAGCCGAGCCCCCCCCACCAGGUGCGUAAGAUGCUGCUGACCAAUGACCUGACGGAGGCGGUGCUGGAGGAGGCGCUGGGGGCGGGGGCAGAGCUGCUCCUGUCCUAUCACCCGCCCAUCUUCAAGGCCCUGAAGCGGCUGACCUGCGCCCACUGGAAGGAGCGGCUGAUGGUGCGGGCUCUGGAGAAUCGGCUGGCGGUCUAUUCUCCGCACACGGCCUGCGACGCCCUCGCCAACGGGGUCAACGACUGGCUGGGGCGAGCCCUGGGGCCCUGUGUGUCUGUGCCGCUCCGCGCCUCCACCGCCCUCUCUCACCCCACUGGAUACGGGCACAUCCUGGAGUUCGGGGGGAACGUCCCGGAGUCUGUGCUGAGCAGGGUGAGCGCCCUGCAGGGGGCGAGUCUGCGCACCUUCCCGCUCAGGAGCGAGAAGGAAGGCGACGCCCGUGUCCGGCUCAGCUGCUCCCACAAUGCUCUGCUGCAGGCGCUCGCCAUUCUGUCAGAGGACCCAGAGGCUUAUAGGGGCGCCGAGCUGCUCACCCUGCAGAAGCCCCCUCUGCUGGACACGGGGAUGGGUCGCCUCUGCACUCUGUCGGAGCCGGUGUCCAUUGCAGCUGCUGUAGAGCGUGUGAAGAGUCAUGUGGGCCUCAAGCACCUGCGUCUCGCCUUGGGGCGAGGGAAGACGUUGGAAUCCUCUGUGAGUGUGAUGGCCGUAUGCGCCGGCUCGGGAGGCAGCAUAUUAAGUGGUGUCCCCGCUGAUCUCUACCUCACAGGUGAGAUGUCGCAUCACGAGGUGCUGGAUGCGGUGGCGGAGGGUCGCAGCGUCAUCCUGUGUGAGCACAGUAACUCGGAGCGGGGGUAUCUGCGGGAGCUUGCGGCACAGAUCACACAGCAUUUAGAGGGGAAGGUGGAGGUGGUGAUGUCCCAGAGCGACCGCGACCCCCUGCAGGUGGUGUGA